CCGUGAACUGUGAUUGUGUGCAUCUUUUAUUUGCACCCGCCCAGUUUAAUUUAUCAAAACUAUUCUCCGUCAUUGAGAAAAAAAUGUUUCCAAACAUUUCAAUUCCAUUCGGCGCCUUCACAGAUCCGCUUUAUCCAUCAAAUACGACUUCCGAGUACAAGCAGGAAGUUCACUAAGUUUCGAUUUCUCUUAUUUUGCGUUGGAUCACUAUGCGAUUGAUCAGACUGCUAGCUGCCUCUACUGCACUGGGGCUGAGAUUAGGACAAUACUGACACUGUUACAGAAUCAGGCUUAAAACUCUCAGCAAUGUUGCUUGAAGAGCUGUAUGUUUAAGCUGAAAUCACAAGAGCCUGUGCAACUUGGAUGACAUGCUUUGCACUGUUUAUAUCAAUUUAUUCAAUCUUCGAUGGAGUUCCAUGACUUUCUGUGUCAUUUUCUUCAGGAUUUGAUUGUCAAGACCUGACUUCUAUUUUAUGAAACAGAAGAAAAAUCAUUCAAUCAAACUGUACUGAUUACGUCAUAAUCAUUGACUAAUAAUGCAGGACUACAGGCCGGAAAACAUUGACUGCUUCUAUUUUCAGUAUACUCACUGUGCCAAAGUACAAUGUAAUUUUCAACAUCGACAAAGCUGCAAGGAUUCAUCAGAGAUUUGUCUGAACUGGUUUCGUCACAGGAAAUGCAGAAACAGAGUGUGUCCCAGGAAGCAUUUAAACCAUGAGGUAAUGGUGGCAUACUUUCUGUGCCCAGUAGAGAAAAAUACAAAUCACUGUUUACAACUAACUUGCCCCAUGUAUCAUGAGAAAGCCCGGCAGUUCAUUGAACAUGGUAUAAUUCCACCAAACCCAGUUCCGACUCUGUCUCAAGUCAGAAGAAAGAAAAUGGUGCACUUUGUAUACCUUGAAAACCCUCAGGUGCAAAACAUGGUCAAAAGUGCAAAUCAGCUUUUGAACAAGGUUCGUUCAUUCAUUGCAAAUUCAGUGCGGGAGGGAAAGCUUACUCAAGAUAAAGGAAGAUCCUACUACAAAGAGAUUUUGCACGCAAUAUUAUUUUAUGGGAACAUUAGUGAUCCUGUCAUUGAACCCAACUCAUUUUUUGAAAAAGAAGAAUUUGAACUAUUAUCCAACAAGUAUCCAGAUGUCUUUCGGAAUUACAACACCCACCUUCCAAGACGUCCUCCUUUCACAGUGCUACUUGAUGCAGUUAUUGAAAUCUUGGGAACAAGAAAUCAGAACGAAGUUUUUAAGUGCCUGUUGCAUCUGACUGAAGAAAUGGUUCUGGAACUUUCUGAUGCCAGAAGUAACAAAUGUGGAAAUAUAUUUGUGUCAACUGUCAUCAGCUGCUGCUAUUUUGUGAAUCAUCACAUCACGAAUGAGAAAACAGACAAUUAUUAUGGUGCUUCAGUGUCAUGUAGAGGAAGACAACAGAAAGAAAUUAUGAUCGAUAUAUUGUGCUGUGAAACAUGGCACCAGGUUGUUAGCCUGGCAGUAUGUAUUGGUAACUGGUAUAAAAACCAAUGUCUUUUGUUCCCUGAAACCAUGUACUCCAUAGCUUACAAUGUAACCUUCAAUGAAGAAAGCCCUCCUGAAACAGGCACUACAUCAAACAAUCAACACGGGCACACUGGGGUUGGAUCAGGAGAUGUCCAGAAUACUGAUGCUCUGGAAAAUAACUCAAUUCUUAAGCGACAUGCACACUUAAAACUCAGAGCACCUUGUGAGAGAUGCCUCAAAAUGUUCCCAAAUAUAGUUUACCAUCCAAGGCCAGAAUACCAUAAGCAUCCAUAUUGGGAAUAUGGGAACUGUGCUGAGUGUGAAUCCUUAAGUCAACUUCUGUAUGCAAACCCGCAAAUUGUCAUGAGGCUUGGGUAUUUUGUCCAGAGAACAAUCCUGUACUCUCCAGUUGAACAAGUUCAUCUGCCAAAUGAUCUGAUUUUUAGAAAACACCGAAGACUUGUAGAAAAUCUCAGAUCCCUAGGGUUUGAUGUGGGUGAGCAUUUACCAUUUUAUGAUCCAUCUGGCACUGACAGUACUGCACUAGAAGUAUUUCAAUCUUGAUAGCAUAUUUUCAAGAAGACAUGUUUCUGCAGUUCAAUGAAUUUCUUAUCAUAGAUUGUAGAAGAGAAACUGACCUUUUAAUUUUUAAAUAUAGUGGGCAACAAAACUGGGUGCACUCAUCAUUGCUAGGAUGCAAAUGGUAGAACAUGUUGAAUAAUGCAUCAUUUGCAUUGCAUCAUGAAAUGCCAGCAUCCAAAUAUAUCCAAAUAGCAGCAAAAAGAAUAAGGACCAGAAAGAGUGAUCACAAUAUUGUAUAAUUCACAGUAUGUUUGUGGAGAUGUGGUUGCAGUGCAACACUGCCUUGAAAGUUUUCAUCCUCGUGUGCAAAUCAUUUAACAGCUCAGUCUUCGUUAUCUCUGUCGUCUAUGCCAAUCCUGUAAUCCACUUAGAAAAUUGGUUUCAUAUCAAUACAUUUGUCCAUUCACUACGCCAUUUGCAGCGGUGCCUUUUGAGAUCUAAGUGCUCGAUUCCAGAUUCUCUUGUGAAACUGCCUUUCCACCUUUAUCUCCUCUUUUAAGACCAACCUCAAAAUCCAGCUCUGACCAAACUUCAGUCGCACCUCAUAAUUCUUUGCCGAAGAAUCAGUUUGGUCUGAUGAAGCACCUUUCAAUGAUUUAGAAUGUAUCAGAUACUGUCAGACGAGAAGUGAUAGCUCCUAAAUGUAAGCAAUGAAAUAACUUUUGUGUGUUCAUGAAGAGAAAUUAGGUGUUGCUCUGAAUCCAAGAAAAAUUGCUAGGCUGUUACCACCACAGAAUACCCCUUUUUGCCGAACUCACCCUCAUUCCAUCUGAUUACCAGCUUUGUUGGGGGGUUUUUGGCAAAAUGCCUUUGUGUUGCCUGAUAUUGUGCUAGCCUGAACUCAGCAGCUUGCCAUUGGACACCCAUUUGAGGUGGGCAUUUUGCUAGCUCCAUUUUCACAAGACUUAGAGUCAUAGAGUUGUACAGCACAGAGACAGAUCCUUCAGUCCAACUCAUCCAUAUUUCGCUGUGGU